AGCUCCAGUCGCUGUGGUGGACAAUCACGGCAACUGCAUUUAGUUGCUAGUCACGUCCUCGGAUCUACGGGAUACGUUGGAGAACCAGGACCGAACUUCUGGUGUGUUUUGGUGUUGUUGAUCUGGGAGGAGGAGCCUUAAAACUCACUGAAUGCAAUCCUGACACAAAGAUAAUUACAGAAACUGAGACACGGAACAACACCCUCUGUUUCUACGCACAUUUUCUCAUUUUGCUAAGCUGAAGUGUUUAAAGGAAAACAACAGCCAUCAUGGACGACGAAAUGAUGUUCAGCAUGGAGGAGGUGGGCAACAGUGCCAAGAGACCCUCUGUCCAACGCCAUACCCCAAGCCAGCGGUCGUCCUCCCUGAGCGAUACCAACGGCAGUGACGACGAGGACGAUGAUGACCACAUCAUCUGCCCCAUACUGGACGACUCUGCCAAAGAAAUCUGUCACUACUUGAGGAAACAGGUGUACACACGGCAGCUGUCAAACUCUCUUCCCAAGAGUCUGUCAAACUCUCUUCCCAAGAGCCAUUUCCAAUAUCUGAAUGAAACCGAGACAGUGGCAGAGCCUCGGUCGUACAAGGUUUUGUCUGAAAGUGCACGGGACGCGUGGAAACAUGCAAUUGCAAAGGCUAAAGCCAUGCCUGACCCCUGGGCACAGUUUCACCUGGAGGAAAUCCUGACUGAGCCCUGCGUUCGUUACAGGUACAAUGCCGUCACAGGCGAGUGGGCUCAAGACCAGGUCCACAUCAAGAUGGCUUCUCAGCCGUUUGGGAAAGGAGCGAUGAGGGAGUGCUUCAGAACGAAGAAAUUGUCUAAUUUCUCGCACAGCAGCAACUGGAAAUCAGCAUCCAACUAUGUUGCAAAGCGAUACAUGGAGUCAGUGAGCAGAGAUGUUUACUUUGAAGACGUUAGGCUGCAGAUGGAGGCCAAACUCUGGGGAGAGGAAUACAACCGACAUCGGCCGCCCAAACAGGUGGACAUCAUGCAGAUGUGUGUGGUGGAGAUGACAGACAGACCUGGUAAACCUCUCUUCCACCUGGAACAUUACAUCGAGGGCAAGUACAUCAAAUACAACUCCAACUCUGGCUUUGUUAGGGACGACAACAUCAGACUUACCCCGCAGGCUUUCAGUCAUUUCUCCUUUGAGCGGUCAGGACACCAGCUAAUUGUGGUGGACAUCCAGGGUGUGGGAGAUCUCUACACUGACCCUCAGAUUCACACAGAGAAGGGGACUGACUUUGGCGACGGAAAUCUAGGUGUGCGAGGCAUGGCACUGUUCUUCCACUCACACCUGUGUAACAAGAUCUGUAAGAGUAUGGGCCUGAUGCCCUUUGACAUCUCCCCUGCAGAGACAUCACUGCUGGACUGCACCAACAAACUGCUUAGGUCAGCCGAGACAGUGCUGAGGGGUUGUGAGGAGCCUUGUGGUUCUCCCCGCGUCCGUACCUUGUCGACGAGCAGAGUGCCUCCGCUGCUAACCCGCCUCUCUGAGACUUCGUCCGUGGACGAGAGCAUGAGCGACGUGGACUCCAUCCCAUGCUCGCCACUAUUCCUCGCGUCCCCGUUCACUGCACCUGGAUCUGUGGGCAGGUCCCAAAUUGGUUUGUCUUUUACUGGGAUGAAUGAGCAUGAAAGACUCAACGGCAACAACUUUGGUGAACACAGGGAAUCUGAAAGCGGCGGUGACAGUGGAUACCCCAGUGAGAAGAGGAGUGAAGGCGAUCCAAAUGACCACGUGGAUGGGGCCCAUCAUCGAUACCAGAGACAUUAUUCCGAGUCAGACGACGACAGUGUGCGACGGGGGAGGGUGGUUGCUCCUCCAAGAGUCUCUGCAAACCUAUAUUCAAACACUCCUGACAAUGAAUUGCUGACAGAAGAGAAGUGGAGCUUCUACCACUCGUCUCGCGCUCACGUCCACCGACCAUCGUGUGUGGCCACUGAGGUUGAGCGAAUCAAUUCUACUCUGCAGAAGAAGAUUGGCCAGUCGAUUCUUGGGAAGGUCCACCUGGCCAUGGUGCGCUACCACGAGGGGGGUCGUUUCUGUGAGAAGGAUGAACAGUGGGACCAGGACUCAGCCAUGUUCCACCUGGAGAGAGCUGCCCAGUGUGGAGAACUGGAGGCUAUUAUUACCUUAGGACUGUGCUGCCUGCAGCUGCCUCAUCACAUACUGUCAGACAUAGACCUGGAGGAUAAUUCGGGGAACAGAAUGAAAGGAUUCAAGUAUCUCCUGCAGGCCGCUGAAGCCGGGGACAGAUCUUCUAUGAUUAUUGUGGCCAGAGCCUUUGAUACAGCGGUGAAUCUGCCUCCUGACAGAAAGCAGAAUUGGGAGGAAGCGAUUCACUGGUAUGAUAGUGCACUGACAAUGACGGACUACGAUGAGGGCGGAGAGUUUGAUGGGACACAGGAUGAGCCCAGUUACCUGCUGCUGGCCAGACAGGCAGAGAUGUACCAAGAGGGAGGCUUCCAGCUCAAAGCAGAUCCACAGAGAGCAGGUGAUUUGUUUACUGAAGCAGCAGAAGCUGCCAUGGCCGCCAUGAAGGGCAGGUUGGCUAACCAGUACUACAUGAAAGCUGAGGAGGCCUGGGCGCUGAUGGAGGAGGAGUGAUUCCGCAUAUAUGCAUUUACAUCAUAUGAAAAUGCUAGACGAGUGCAUGCGUUACUGUAUGUGUACUGUACAUUCAUAUUCAGGAUACAACCAGUUUACAUACUUUUCAAUUAUAAAAUCUUAAAAGAUUUUCUUUUCCUAUUGGUGAUCAAAGAUGUGUGUGUGUGCGCGUGCAUGUCCCCGGGCUUAGAAAUCUGUUCCAACUUUCUCUGAAGCCAGUCAUUCAGAUUCCUGUAUUUUUAAAAAAUAUCUGUCUGGUUAAGUGAAUGUUGUGUCAAAAAAAACAAAGGCUGAACAGCGAAUUUUUUUUUACUUUGCUCCAAACAUUUACACAAUUACACCGGGUUAAUAUAUGUAAAUAUGUUUGGAGUCGAAAACUGUAAAAUAAAGUUUGAAUGGCUUUUUAUUGGAAAACAUUGUCAUGCAUUCUUCCUGAGACAAAAAGUCAACGACGAUCUGAAGACAGAGACUGGUUUGUUUGAGCCUUUUACUUAAGGUUAAUGUGUAUCACUUCAAUAACACAAAAUUAAUAAUGUGUUUUAAUUUUUCAAACGUUUCUUGUCUGAUUUACCUAUUAAAAAAGUAAUAACUGGUACCACUUAAUAAAUGGCACUAAAACUAGUCAGUAACCUCAUAAUAUUCACAUAUUGUGAAAUUGUGAUUUUUGUAAACAUGAGAAGUUUAAAAACACUGCACUCCCUUUUCUGUUGAAACUAAAGCAAACAAAUAAUAAAUGUUCCCAGAAAAUGCA